AUGUCCACUUAUUCCGCCAGUUCGCGGGACGCCUCUCGGGACCGUGCUGAGUCUCGAAUCGUCAAGCAUCAACAUUCAUUCUCAGAGUCAGGCAGAAGCUCGGUGCCCAUGUGGGAUAGCUCAGAUCCCGAUAGAGCACCUCCACCACUUCCAUUGAAUCCUGGAGUUCCAGGAAGCCCUCUGACUAGAUCUAAUACAUCAAAACGCAUUGACGAAGCUGCUGCCCUGAUCGCCGCCCGAGCACGAGAAAAUGCCCCCAGCUCCUACACAAGCAACCCUCCUCCGACGUCACCAGACAGGAAUGUCAUACGAGCACAAAACAGGCGAAUGCAGAACCUGCAGAGCCCUGGAAUAACUAGACUGAGCGAUUCAUUGGAAAGGCGAUCACCAGAAAAAGGCCUUCGCACAGCAAAGUUCGUGGAUUUCGAGGAUUUUCCCAGCAGCAGAACGUCGGAGCGCAGUCCCACGAGACCAAGAUCAGAAACCCCAACACCUACCGAGAAGAGCUCGGCAAGGUCAAAAGAGAGCGAGAACACACCGCCUUCAUCGAACAUGCUAGCGCUGCAGACAAUCAGAACUAGGCAGGAUGCCACGCCUCUUGGUGACAUAACAAACGGAGCUUCACCUUCGAUGCCAACAUCCUACUCCUUUGAUGCACUGUCUACUCAGAUUUUGAGCUUGACGUCAAUCAUCACAAGUGUUCAAAAAGAGAUGACGAGCCUGAAUAAGAGAAGUAAAGACAACUAUGGCGACCUGAUGAGCCUCAAGGAGGCUACAACGGCCAGGGAUGAAGACAUCCGCAAAAGCCUCAGAGAGCUUAUCGCAGGCCUUGAAAGCAAGUUCACCAAUCUCGACUCUCGGCUACUUGCUGCUCCUCCCGAUGCCACCAGAUCAGCUUCCAACUUGGGGAUGUACUUCGACGACAAGGCACAUAAUGGCUCGCCCCGCCCCAAAAGCCUCGGCCUACCGCGUAUUGGAAGCCCAUCUAGCUUCUCUGCUUCUCUUGAUCGCGAGUUGACCGCCUCACCGUCUAUUACAUGUGUUGACGGUGCUGCAAGCAUCGCUCUCCUCGAGAAAGUUCUCAGGGAAAUGGCCACCCGCGAAGGGCAAGAUAAAAUAAUGAGCACCCUCGAAGCAGUAAAGUCACAAGCUCUCGUGCGAGCGCAUUCAGAUACCCCUACUUCGACUGCCUUUGACCCCGCCAUGAUGUCGAAAUUGGAAGAUAUCCUUGUGUUCAUGAAGGACAUGAAGGAGGAAUCUGGUUCACGCGCGCUAGUACGCUCGAACGGCAAUGACGGUAGCAAGGGCCCCUCAAACCUUGAUCUCUAUCUCGAAGGGGAAGCGAAAAUGGGUAAAGCAAGGUCAGGUGCUGAAGGUCGAGCGUCGAUGUCAGCGUCCGACUCAGUCGUUGACGACAUUGUCACAAUGCUGAAGAGUGUCAAGCAAUCAUUGGCCCAAGGGGGCGGGCUCACGAAUGAAGUCAAAGUCUUGGUUCGAGAGCUACGAGGAGAGGUCUUGGGAAUGGGACGAGAACUCGCAAAGAAACUGGAGCAAACGUCAUUGCCAACAAAAGGUGCUGGUCCGGAAACAGAAGCAGCAGUGACGGAUGAGAUCGCUACCAUUGUGCAGCAAGGGCUUGCUGAGCUCAAGGAACACAUGCAUCACAUUGUCCAGGAAAGCGGGAGACGAUCGGCAGAGCACGUUAAUCCGGCAGUCGACACGCAAGAAGUCGUGCGGGCCGUUCGUGAUGUCCUUGCAGAUUUACCUCAGCCUCGUGAACAACCACUCCGAGACCCCGUGGCUGAACGGGAAGAAUUACUCAUUGCCGUUAGAGAGGCUUGGGAGGACUGCAAACCCGAAAUCGCACUCGAACAUUUCGGACUAGAACGAGAUGAGAUCUUGGAGACGUUGAAGGAGGGGUUGAAGUCGUAUCAACCGCAGCAACCCAGCGCAAAAGAUGCCGGCGCCACUUACGAAGACGUGCUCGAGGCAGUCAGAAAGGGCCUAGCAGACUUUGAGCUUCCUCCCAUUCCCGCGCCAGCUGGGAUCACUCGGGAAGAUGUCUUUGCUGCUGUCAGUGAGGGAAUCAAAGGUAUCGAAUGGCCAGACAUGUCUGCAUCCCGGGGUAUAGACAUUGACCUCACCAAAGACGAUGUCUUCGAAGCUGUGCGAGAAGGACUAGCGCAACAUGACACCGUCACCAGAGAUGAGAUAAGUGACGCGGUCAAAGAAGGCCUUUCUCAACAUGACCGUGUUGCCAAAGAGGUCGAAUUCAAUCGUGAGGACCUGUUUGACGCCAUCAAAUCUUGUCUGGAAGGCGAACAAAAUCCCUUGGGAGGAAUGGGCGAACGAGUCAUCGAAGCGAUGCAUGAGUUCCUCGGCAGCAUGAAAAACGAGUUCCAGCAAUAUUCAGCGGCAAAUGGUAAAGACACGGAACAGGUGCUCGACGCGCUCAAGGACGGAUUGGAGGACCUAAGAGCCGACAUAGAAAGCUAUGUUGAUCGUGCUGCCGAUGUUACUGGCAAAGACGAGAUCAUCGACACAGUCAAGGCUGGAUUUGUUGCAAUGCAAGCAGAUCUCGACAAAGGCUUUGCGGCACGCGGAAACGCAGCCCCGAACACACCUGAACUCUUGGACGCCAUGGAGAAAGAGUUCGAACAUCUUCGUGAGACUAUCAGCAAAAACAUGGCCAGGAAUAACGCUCUCUCCGAGAAGGACGAGAUCCUCGAUGCUAUUCGUGACAUUGCCGACGAUCGCCAAUCGACCCUCAGCGGUAACAAUGAAGACAUUGUGCGUCUAGUCAAGGACGAAUUGGAACAUAUGCGCACAACCCUCGCUGGAACUCUUGUCAAGACCAGCUCUUCAAUGGAUCGUGAGGAAGUUCUUGAUGCCAUCCGAGAAGGACUGGCGUCGUCUCGUCCAAAGAUCGACGGAAACGAAAGUAUUUUGUCCAAUACUAGCGAGCUUCUUGAUGCAUUUCAAGACGGCGUUGAUGGUAUCCGAGCCGAUAUCCAAAAACUAACGGAUCGCCCUGUUGACCUCAGCGCAAGCUACGAAAUUCUUGACGCGCUCAAGACAGGAAUAGAGGAUGUGCGAGCAGAUAUAUCAAGACUCCAUGAGAAGCAGACAGAGGACUCGGACACCGCUACCGCCCGAGGGCAGGAGAUGGUGAUACACGACCAGAAUCGCAUCUCCACUGAAAUCGAAGGUUUGAAGGUUAUGAUCACCCAAUUGAGGAUCAAAGUCGAAGCGCUGGACGGAAUGGCUGGUCCACCCCCUCCAACAGAAGCUCGAGUACACAAGGACGAUAUGAUGGAGCUUCAAGAUGCCAUCCAGCAAGUUCAGGAAUCCGUCGAUCGUAAUCAUAACGUUGAGGCACGAAUCCACAAGGAUGACCUAGAGGGUUUGUACACCGCCAUCGACCAGGUAACCAAUGCCGUCAAUGAAGUUCGAGAUACACCUCCUCCGGCACUGGUCAUGCCAGAGAAUGCUGCAUCGAAAGAAGACACCGAAGCCAUCGAAACACUCCUGAGGAACAUUAAGGCUAGACUUGACGAGGCAAUUUCACCGGAAUCUGAGCCUCUGGCCAAAGCGAGUCAAGUCGACGCCUUGGAGUUUGCCCUCAGGGAAAUGAAAGUAGUGGUCGACGAAGCCAGUGAGCGUGCAGCUGAACAAACCAACAAAGAAGAUUUCACCUUGAUCGAGUUGAUGUUGAAAGACAUUCAAAGCGGCAUGGAAGAGUUCAGGUCCAAGCUAGAGGAAUCCAAGACUGAACAAGGCAGUCUCGACAAGUCGGACCUGGAAGUGGUUGAGUCUCUCUGCAUGGAUAUAAAGACCCAGAUCGAAAACAUCAAGCUACCAGAUCUGGGAUUUCUCCCAUGCAAAGAUGAUAUUACCGACGUGAAAAAUGAUCUGAAGUCUUUUCGGGAGCAAUUCGAGGCCGACAAUGGCCUCACUGCGCAAGCAUUUGAAGCAAGGAAGAUUGAACACGGAGGCUUGGCCACGAAGAUCGACGAUGUUAAAAACAUCAUUGGCGAUCUCCGAGACGAGCUCAUCGGAAAGGUCGAAGGAAGUGCAGAGGGGAUUGUGGAACUGAACAAAGUACUUGGAAUGCACCAUGAUGAUAUGACCAGAUAUGCUACGGCAGCCAGCAUCGAGGAGAUGUCCUCCAUGCUCAAAGACGAACUCGAACGACACAUGGACCACCAAUCUACCAUUAAAGCGCAGAUGGAAGAACGAGACGCUACCUUAUUCACCAAGCACGAGGAAACCGGUGCGGAACUCAGAUCUGUGAUCGAGGACAAAUUCAGUGCACUCAUGACCAAGUACGAUGAUGCUCAGCUUGCCAGCGAUGCGAAAUUGAAUUCUCUAGAAGAGCGGGACAGUGCGCACUUGGAAGCUACAAGCAGCACGAAAGCGGUCGUGGACGAUCUCAAAUCGCUCAUGGACACUUUGGGGACAACCAUCACGGAAACCUAUGAUCGCAUCUCUGAAGACUCCAAAAUCGUGUUUGGUUCGAUCGAAGAAACUAACUCGAAGAUGGACAACCUACACACCGCCAAUGCCUUCGAGCAUGGUCUGACUCGGGAGGAGAUUGCAAAGACAUUGGCAGCAGCAACAAGACUUGAAGGCACUCUGUCAGACCACCAACCUGCAGUACUAUCCGCAAUACAGGAAGUACUCGGGGUGGUGACCCAGCAUUACGAGCAUUCGCAACAGCAAACGGAGAACUUUGCACGAGCAACAGAAGAGAUUAAAUCUGGUGUGGACUCCAUCCCAGCAGCUAUACCACCCUUGUUGCCAGCACUGCCCGCUGCUGAACCGGUCAGGGAAGUAAGUAACCAAAAGGAGUACGAUGACAGCGAGCUACACGAUAAACUCGAUACUCUCCUUUCACAUGCCAGCUCCGCGAAGGAUUUCAACGAUUUGCAUGACAAGCUAGACACGCUGAUCUCCCAGACCAACUCGUCGAAGGAUAUCAGUGAGGUGCAUGACAAGCUGGAUACUCUUCUAUCCCAUGCCGAGUCGGCGAAGGAUGCCACAGAAUUGCAUUACAAGCUAGAUACUCUUGUUUCUCAUGCGAGCGAAGCGAAGGAGAUAUUCGCUGGGCUGGAGGAGCAUCAGAAGGAGUCUCGAGACUCGUUGGCCAACCUUGGGAAACUUGACGAGAUUCACCAACAAGUGAUGUCGACCGCGGCUGAGAUUGCCGGAAUGGUGACCACACAGGCAAGACUCAUGGGGGAGCACCACGACUCCAAAGUUGCUGAGGCCACAGAAGCGGCGAUUGCCUUGGAGAAGCGAAUGGCCCAGAAGGAGAAAGUCGAAGCUGAUAUUGUUUACCUCAAUGAAGAAAAGAACAAUCUCCUGGAGUCCAUGGCAACGUUGAGGCGGGAGCAAGAACAGCUCAUUGGGCAGACAAAGAAAUUGACUCGAGAUGUGGCGAAGCUUGAGACUGCGCUGCAAAUCCGACAAGACGAGAUGCGCGAGAUGAACGCCAGAGCAGAGGUCCUUGAGCGUCGCAUCCUCGAGGGACUUGUGAACCAAGCUCGAGCGGUUAAGACGUCUUCAAAGACUAUCAACAGAUCAAGAAUCAGCCCAGCCGAACGCGAUGCAUCAAUGAGUCUCAAGCGCGUUCCAAGUACCGCUAGCACAGCUACAGCCAGAACUUCGAUCAAGGGCGGAAAGUCUACCAUCGGCAAUGCUGUCGGUACAGCCUUGAAAAAGAGAACGCCACUAACCUCAAACACCAAGGCAGUGUCAGCUCCAAGAACAUCUGCUGUUGACCGGCGAAUUCUGAGCACCAGCCAUGUCACUGGUAACCGUGGUCGGAACACGCCCGAUAUGGCUUUGAUGCUUGCCCCUGUGCCUAAAACAACCGGUCUGGUCAGUCUCAAACGCAGCCAGUCUGUAAAGAGCAACCCUAGCAGUUAUAUCAACGGACGGAAGGCCAGCUGGAAUGGUGUACCAACAGAGUUGACGGACAAAGAGAACUUUGACGUUGACCACGAUGAAAGUGAUGACGACAAUCAUAGCGAAACAAGCACUGAGAGGAGGACGAGCUAUGGCACAAGCGUCAUGUACACCGACAGCAUGACAUAUGGCACAGGAAGCUCGUUGAGCAGGGACAGCAGGAGGUCGACCAGCUGUGGUAGCAGCAUUGUUGGGACCAUUAACGGACAAACGGAUAGCAUUGCCGAAGAGGAUGAGGAGCUGGAGACGGACGAGAAUACCCAAACGGCCAUGGUCCUACGCAACGCUCAGGCUUCUGGUAAUGACGGUAAUGACGAAAGUCAAGAGGACUCGAUGGCACUGACCACGAUGACCGGAUCACGUGGCACCAUUGUCGAAGAAGACAUGCUGUCCGACAUGCAGCCUCAACCCGCAGUUACCGAGGAAGGAAUGAAGUACCAUGGCAGUGACAGCGGGCUAGGGACCGAGCCGUUGACAGCAGGCUCGGAGAGCCAUAACGAAUACUUCCACAUGACGGCGUAG